AUGACUCUCAGCGGGAAAGCAGGACUGGCAGUCAUCGACGUGCAAGAAGACUUCUGCGAGCCCAACGGCUCCCUGGCAGUCAAGGGCGGCAGAGAGCUGGCGGAAGUGUGGAACGACCUGCUCUCGCUGCCCUUCGCCGUGAAGCUGGCCACUCGAGAUUACCAUCCCCAGGACCACAUCUCCUUCGCCAGCCAGCACUCCGGCAAGCAGCCAUUCGCCGACACCCUCAUGGUCAAGAACCCCGAGAACGAGUCUGAUGAUCCCUUCACCGUCACCCUCUGGCCUGAUCACUGCGUCCAAGGCACGAAGGGAUGCGAGAUCAUCCCGGAGCUGGACCAAUCCAAGCUCACGCAAGUCAUCCGCAAGGGCUGGGACAAGCGAGUGGAAGCGUUCAGUGCUUUUGGUCCAGCAUAUCGCAACCCGCGUGUGGGCAUGAGUGGUCUUGGAGACAGCUUGAGGGAAGCCGGGAUCACGGACUUGUUCGUGGUAGGGUUGGCGUACGACUAUUGCGUCAAGCAUACCGCCAUCGAUGCUGUCGAGCACGGCUUCAAGACAUAUGUCAUCGAAGACGCCACGGCGGCCAUUGACAAGAGCGACGAGGGCCUGGCGAAGCUUCGGAAGGAGCUGCAGGACAAGGGCGUCACCAUCAUCGACUUGAACUCCAAAGAGCUGGACGCUGUUCGCAAAGCAUAG